UAACAUACGCUAUUGCUUGCUGCUCUUCCACGCUGACCUACCGCACCGAGAAGAUGUCUAGAGUUUACGUGGGAAAACUGAGCUAUCGUGCUAAAGAGAAAGACGUGGAAAGGUUUUUCAAAGGUUAUGGGAAGAUACUGGAAGUGGACCUUAAAAAUGGUUAUGGUUUUGUGGAGUUUGAUGAUCCCCGGGAUGCUGAUGAUGCUGUGUAUGAUCUUAAUGGCAAAGAGCUCUGUGGGAAGAGAGUGAUAGUGGAGCACACCAUCGGACAAAGACGUGAUGGAGGCAGCAGAUCUGGAAGAGGUAACCGGUAUGGUCGCGGAGGAGGGGACAGAUAUGGCCCACCUACACGCACAGAUUACAGGCUGAUUGUGGAAAAUCUUUCUAGUCGCUGCAGUUGGCAGGAUCUAAAGGACUACAUGCGACAGGCUGGUGAAGUGACUUAUGCAGAUGCUAAUACAGGCCGCAAGAAUGAGGGUGUUAUAGAGUUCAGACAGUAUGCGGAUAUGAAAAGAGCCCUGAAAAAACUUGACGGCACUGAGGUCAAUGGAAGAAAGAUUCGGCUCAUCGAGGACAGGCCUGGUGCCAGGCGCCGGCGCUCCUACUCCCGAAGCAGCUCCAGGUCUCGCUCCAGGAGCCGAAGGUCUCGCAAGAGCAGAAGCCAUAGUCGAACCAGCAGCCGCUCAAGGCCUUCAGGCUCAAGAUCACGCAGCAGGUCAAUCAGCAGGAAGGCAAAGGACAGGAGCUCUAGGGUGGAGGAGAGCAGCAGUGGAGCUCACAGAAGCAGAGAUGGGAGAGGAGGUGAAAGCAUGAAGAAUAAUAGCAAGAGGGCACAUUCUCAGUCUCGAUCCAGAUCUCGAUCCCAAUCUCGAUCCAAAUCUCGGUCCAAAUCAGGCAGUAACUGGGAUCUCUCCAGGAACAAGAGUCGUGAAGCAGCCGAGAGCGAUGGGGAAGGCAGAGUGGCAGAAAGGUCGCCUCCGGAAGAUGAACUGCAUAGGAAAUCUAGAUCCAGAUCCAAGUCUGGCUCACAUUCACACUCGCAGUCUUACUCCCGAUCUCGCUCACGGUCUCGGUCAUAAGUCAAGUGUUGUCCUGCCAUUUAUUUCUUUAACCUCACUAUAAUUAUGUUUUUAGCAUUUUUACUCCCUUUUCCAAAUAUGAAAACAAGCAUUUAGUAAAAUACUUGCUAAUUCAUUGUUUUUUUUUCUUUCAGUAUAUUAUUUUAGUCUAAGUGUUAUGAAUUUUUUUCUUUCUGUGAAGGCCUGUGGUUGGUGUUUAUUUUCAGAUUUCUUUUCCAGGUAGAUGAAUUCAGUGUUGUUAAUCUUCUGCAUCAUUGUUAGUAUUAAUGUUUUUUACGUUAGUAUUGCCUGAAUAUGUUUUUCAUAGGUUAGGUAGAACUGCUCCUAGAAUAGAUGUCUUGUGUAUCUAUUGAAGAGGUUGAGUCGUCAUCUGAUAUCUUUUUAUUAUGCAUUUCCCAGUGUAAAACAAUAAAAACGUGCAACCAUAA